AACCACGAUCCGACGUUGAACCCUUUUCCCUCUUGGCCGCCUUCUUCUUCACGAGAUGCAUCCGCCAUUGAAGAGUUCCGUUCAUCUCUGUUGAUUCUCUAAAUUUUCCACACUAUUCCCUUCUCUUCGCCUCCUCUAUUUCGUUCCUUCUUCAGUAUUGAAACAAUUCUGUUCGAUUCUACUUAAAUCGUGCUUCCAUUGUAUUCCUGAAAUCUCAAUUCUGAUUUCCAAUUGUGGGAUCUCGUGUCCUUUUUCUAUGGCGUUUUGGCGUAUGAUCAGUCGGUCUUACCUCAAGUACACAUCGAACCAAUUAACCAGGAAUUACAGUCAAGUUUGUCUUGCUACUUCGCUCACUCAUGCCGUGAAGCAGACAAAGUUGUGUUCUUUUGACAUCCCAAAUUCAGAUAUCUGUAGAAAACCUUCUAAAGUCUUCGAAAAUGUCAGGUUCCUUGCCACUUCAGCUCAGGCAAGGAAGAAGGAAGAGGGAGUUGAAUCUGAUGGUCCACGUCUCAAUGAGAAGAUUACUGGCGACACUGUCAGAUUGGUUUCCGAGGAAGGACACUGUGUUGUAUCGCUGAGGGAAGCCCUUAGACGGGCUAAGGAGCUCAAGCAGGACUUAGUUGAGGUCCAGAGAGAUGCUAACCCACCAGUGUGUAAAAUUGUAGACUACUCGCAUGAGAAGUACAAAAAAGCUCAAGCAGGAAAGGAGCGUGCUAAGGCCAAGCGCGCUGAAGUAACCAUUCGACCUGAGGUCAAGGAAAUUCGAUUUACUCCAAAAAUUGAGGCAAAGGACCUACAGUUUAAAGCAAAACAAGCAUUGAAACUGAUGGAAAGUGGAUAUCGUGUCAAGUGUCAUGCAGUUCCUGACAAGGACAAGAAGAAGGAGCUUGAACCAGAGAAGCUGCUUGAGUUACUAUCUCGCUUCACUUGUUAUAUCGAAGAUGCACUUGUGGAAUUUGGGCCAGAAGCGGAUAGAGGCAACGCAGUUGUGGUAGUUAGACACGCCAAGUUCGGACCACCCAAGAAAGGAAAAGCGAUAAAGUUGAAGGAAAUGAACUUAAAAACUGCUGCUCGAAUAAAAGAUGAGUCAGCAAAGUCUGACAGCUCGGAAACCGGAGUGUCUAGUGUCGAUGAUGAGGUUGAUUUAGAGACGGUCGAACCUGACCUCCCUGCUAAGCAGGCCAACCCAGUUCAAGUCCCUAACAGGUAUGCAAAUAGAGAACCGACCGCUGACUUCUCACGAGGUAGAGAUGCAAACCGGUUUGAACCUCAGUCUCCAAACCAGCCUGUAACCCCACAACAUCCUCGGUUCUCAAAUCAACAACCCAAUGGCCGGUUUGAUCCUCAGUCUCCAAACCAGGCUCCAAGUGAACCAAGGCCUCGGUUCCAAAAUCAACCUCCAAACCAACAAACUACUGGGCGGUUUGAUCCUCAGUUUCCAAACCAGGCACCAAAUCCACCACGGUCUCGGUUCCCAGACCAAGCUCCAAAUCAGCAACCUAGUGGCCGGUUUGAUCCUCAGUAUCCAAACCAGGCGCCAAAUCCACCACGGUCUCGGUUCCCAGACCAAGCUCCAAAUCAGCAACCUAGUGGCCGGUUUGAUCCUCAGUAUCCAAACCAGGCUCCAAGUCCUUUACGGCCUCGGUUCCCUGACCAAGCUCCAAAUCAGCAACCCUCUGGGCCAUCUCCAAACCGCCACCUAGACCGGCAAGGUCCUCCACCUAGAUUCCAAAACCAAGCUCCAAACCAACAACCUACCGGACGGUUUGAACCUCCGCCACCAAACCCACCCCGGGCUCCACCACGUCCACAAACCCGGUUGCCAAACGAAGCUCCUAAUCAACAACCUACGGGCCCUGGAAGAUCUAGUGGUCCUUCAAGUUAUGGGAUUUUCAGCACCCCAAAAAAGAACUAGAAACUACCCAUUUGAAGAACUUGCAAUUAUUUGCCGUGAUGCUCUUCUUGAGGCUCAUUACUUUAUGUGUAACAAAUAGUCCAUUGCAUACACUUGUAACAAUCAUUCAAAUUUUGUUUGGCCACUACUCUCAAUAAUCUAUGAAUGAGA